UGUUAGCGUAAUUUUUACAAUUAUUAAUUAAAUUCAAAUUCCCCAGCCAUAUAUAUCCUAUUCCCACUUCACAAGCACUACCUCAGAGUAGUUUCUGAAUCAGUUAAAAAAAAAUAAAAAUGGGAGUAGUGAUCAUAGACGGAUCAACAAUUCGAGACUUCGUAAACGACGAAGCAGCUUUUGCAAAGGCAAUUGAUAAAGGAUUCACCGAUUUGGACCUCAACAACGACGGCGUUUUAUCCCGUUCCGAGCUUCGCAAAGCGUUCGAGUCUCUCCGCCUCAUAGAGGCUCACUUCGGCGUCGACGUUGCCGCCUCGCCGGAGGAACUCACCCGCCUCUACGAUUCCAUAUUCGAGAAGUUCGAUUGUGACCACAACGGCACCGUUGACCGACAGGAGUUUGGGAAUGAGAUGAGGAAGAUUAUGCUGGCGAUCGCCGAGGGACUUGGAUCGUCGCCGAUUCAAAUGGCUCUUGAUGAUAGUGACCAGAAUUUGAUCAAACAAGCUGCCGAUCUCGAAGCUUCUAAGCUUCCUGCCUAAUUAAUUAUAACCGGUUUCCAGUUCUUUAGCAAAAUAAGUCCUUUUUCUAUUGUUUCAAUAUUCAGUCAUGUCUUGUUUUCAUGCUGUGUUCCCAAUAAUUCUGUACUUUUACAUAGUUAUACGUUAUAUGCAAAUGAAAUGUGGGACAACUUUAUGCAUUUCCAUCUAA